GUGCAGCCUGUGACUACGUCACACUCAGUGUCACAGGUUCGAAUGUCCAUGCGACCUGUGACCAUACCCAAAUAGAUUCGCCCGCGGGUGAACAGUGACCAUCGGACAUGCUGCUUUGUGAUUGCAGCAACUUGCUUCAGCUUGUCAUGGAUUCGCCUCGCAUAGCUCUGAAUGGUAAUGAGUGGACUUGGAGACUCCGUGGUCUUAAAGCCUGCCAGCUUGUCAUGGAUUCACCUUGCAUAGCGCUGAAUGGUAACGAGUGGACUUGGAGACUCCAGUGUAAGGCCGGGGAGAAGUUCAAUCUCUCGUUUGCGAGUCUCACAAGUCGGGAGGCAUUGCAAUAUUUACGCGAUGUUCAGAAGAACGAUCUAGCUGGAUGGGCGAGGAUUGCUACUGCUCAGUACAAGACUGACAGCGUCGACCAGGCAACAGACUCCGAGUCAGAGGACGAGGCCACUAAUGCUAUCGGAGUUGAAUCCCAGUGA